UGAAGAUCGUCGAAUCUCUCUGAACAUAUAACAAUUACAUUCGAAAUUUGUGAAAAAGAUUUUUCGUUUAAUCAAAAUGAAAAAUUUCCAAAUACUUAUAAACCUAUAUGAUUUUCUGGGAAAGAGAGAUUCCAAGUCGCCGGAUAAAAAAUUGAAAUUUUUCAAUAUUCGAAAUUUAACAAACAUCUUUUUUAUCGCCACAUUCAUCAUUCAAUCAACCGCAUUUCUUCUUAUCGACGCUAAAACCUUCACUGAAUAUGCCAACUCAGGUUAUAUUUCCGUUACAUCUGUGCUAUUAUUUUUGACCUCAAUUACUGGGAAAUCUGAAAAAAUCUUUCCAUUGUUUGAAGGCUUCGAAAAUGCUAUACAAAAACGUUCGGUAAAUGUUUCGUCGGCGGAAGUUUUUAUGGAGUCUAUAAAUGGAAUUGAACGUUUUUUGAGAUGGCUUGAUAAUAGUUUCCACAUAACAUUUGUAUGCUUGAUGCUACCAAAUCUCUGUUUCAUGUUGUACAUGAUUUUUACUAAAGAUCUUGAACCCGAAGAUUACGUACUACCUUUUUUUGCCUGGUUACCAUUCAACUGGCGAACACCUACUGGUUAUGCAAUGGCUUUCGUUCUUCAAUGUGGAAACGUAUAUUAUUUAUUCAUGAAUUGCAUUGCACUUGCUGGAGUUUACGUAGCAGCUACUUUGAUGUUAAUAUCAUUUUCCAAUGAUGCUAGAGGAGAAAUGAAUAUUAUCAAGAAACUUAACAAAACUUACCUUACAAAAGGAAAUGAAAGGGAAGUAGUGAAUAGAUUUUGCGAAUUAAUUCAACUCCACAUCGAUGCAAAACAAUUUGUUUCGGAGUUCAACAAGAUUUAUGCGAAAAUGAUUUUGUUAUUCUUAACAUGGUGUAUGGUUACUGUGUGUGGAACGCUGCUAAUGAUUCAAAUUCAAUUGUCACAAGACCCCGUAGACUGGCCAGCGCUUCUGAUUACCAUCUGGCAAUUAUUUUGGACAUUUGCUUUUUUAUUCUUAUAUUGUUACCGCGGCGAAGAAGUAACCUCUGCAUUUGAGGAACUGGCUGAUGAGAUUUCUCAAUGUGAAUGGGACUCGCUUCCAUACCAACUACAACGCAUUCUACCCAUUGUUUUGAUUGCUGCCAAAGAGUCGGUCCAAAUUAAAACAUAUGGUUUCGCUUGUACACAUGAGAGAUUUCAAAAGAUUGUCAACGGCGGUUAUUCAUACUACGCUAUUCUCCGCGAGUUCUACUGAGUGAAUCAAUCGAUGUUGGAUUUUUAUGGAACUUAACUAUAUUGGAUGACAAAUAUGUUUUUGAAAAAGAAAAAAAAUAUUUUGAAUGCACUUUGCAUCUUACACAUAUUCGCACAUAUUUUAUUGCAAACUUUAUUAAUUAACACAAACUAGAACAAUAAAUCUGAAAAUCUUACUUUUCACCGAGGGCCUUAAACUACUAUUUUUCAAUCAAACAAAAACUGUAGUGAUGCGGGCGUAUCAAAAUGGAGUGACAAAGCAAUAAAAUGUUAAGCGACACCAAUGGAUCUUGAACUAAAUUCGAAAUUUGAUCUGAAAAAAAUCCUAAUGGACUGAAAUAAAGUUAGAAGGCUAACCAAAUUUAAGUUAAAUUGUUUAUUUUCACAGUCAACAGUCCAACCAAU